AUGGGAAACGCAACUACAAAAUUAAAUAGAAAAUUUGAUGGGUGGCUUAAAAAAGCUUACAGUUAUAUUUUCAAAGAAGAAGAGCUGAGUGAAAUUUCUGAUGAAGCAUUAUCUGAUAAUGAAUAAAAUCAAAGUACUUCAGAUUCAUAAUAAAAUAACGAGCCUGAAAAUAAAUAAGAUUAAGAACUAGAUUAAGAAAUAGAUGAAAAUGUAAGUACUCAUUCAUAUUAAAUGGAAUCUAUUAUUUAUACUUCGAUUACAAAAGAAGAACUCUUAUAAGAUAAACGCAAGGCUUCAAUUCUACUUCUAUCUGAAUUCGACCCUAAAAGAGUAUGUUUAAAUAAGGAAAACAACAAAGAAUGA